GCACGCCUUUCGGGCCUGCAACGUGAAGUUCUCAAACUAUACCGCGCAUGCCUACGAGCUACACGAAACAAACCAGAGGCGACCAGGGAGAACUUCCGCAACGCAGCACGGCGAGAAUUCCGGAAGAACCAAUCCGUUGACAAAAAGGACUUUGGCGCUGUCGAGGCCUUGAUCAGGAUGGGGAUCCGGAAGCUCGAGUUAUGCUCGUCGCCAGGAGUCAAAGACAUUCACUGA